CUGUAAAGUCUUUCAUAAUACAUUACUGUUAUUUUCCGCCUGUUAUGUUCUAAUUUAACAGGUUUCCAUCAAACGAACUUGCCUCGUUACUUUUAAAAUUCGGCCUAACAUGUACGUUACGGAUAACGUAAACGUUCAAUCAUAGGACCCAUUAUCUAAACAACACAAACACAAGUUUUGUGGUAUGUUGUUUUGUGUUUUGUUUGCAUCAUAAGCCAGUCAGGGAAAGGGGUAGGUAUAGGGUACAACACACAGUGGCGUACUGUUCGUGGAAGGUUCAGUUAUUAAACAUUAUUAUUUAAUGUUCAAAUCUUGAUAACCUAGGAAUACAUGUUCAAUAUGUCUUUAAAGAAACAGUUUUUAAUAUACACAGGGUAUUCAAAAAGCCAUGCUGUAUAUUCAAAUUAUACAAAAAAAGGCGUAAUAUAACUUGAGUGUCUGGGGGCCGAUUCCACCGUUGUGCAAAACGGAAUUUAAAUUACUAAGAAGUUUAAAAUUACAUUUUUACAUUAUCAAUGUCAUUUUAAAGAGGAAUCGGCUCUUAAGGUUUCCAAACUUAAAAGUUAUGGACCAGAAUGUAGGUGGGUGGGAUUUUCCUCACCUGUAAGUCAAAUGACACCAUCAUUUAUCUACAAGCCACAGAGCGCCACGAAUUAUAAUGCCCUGAAUAUUGUUUUGUUAGGAUUAUGUUAUGGACAAAUUUAAUGUUAACACGGAGUUUAUUCUAUCCGAUAUCUUUCAAUUAUACUUGCGUGACGCAUGGUUAAAUGAACUGCCUAAUUUUGUGUCUGUUAAAAUACUUUAUUUCAGAUUACCAAAAAAAAAUGAACCGAAACAAGACCCAAAACCUGAACAAAAAAAGACGAAGAAGAAAAAUAAAAAUAAACUAAACAUAACUAAAUCUGUUGAAGUAAAGAAAGAAACAAACGAAGAUGUCAUAUCCAAAUCUACAGAAAAGAAUAUCAAUUAUAAUGUAAAAAGUAUCAUAGGUGAUGACACUGUAAUAGAAAAACCUAAUGAUACCACUAUAACCAAUGUUAAAGAAGAGAUUAAACAUACCAAAACUGUUACUAUUAAAACCGAAACGCCUACAAACCUUCCUCUUAAAGAUCUAAAGAUUUACGACAACAAAAAUGAAGAAAAACCAACUGAAAAAUCUACCGAAAAAGAAAACAAACCAUCAAACAAUUUAGACAAAAUAAGAAUAAAGUUGUGUCAUUUAUGUAACACUCAUCAUAUACAGGAUCAUUGUCCGAUAAAUUUCCCUCACUAUGUUAUACAUGAUGCAUUGAACUUUGAUCACUGGGAGCAAAAGUAUAAGCUCCUUCACGAAAUGCAUUUAAACAAAGACAAAGCUGAUAAAAACGAAGUUAAUGAUAUAGAUCUCAAUGAAUACAGAUUUUCAGCCAUGUCUUUACCAAAUUCGCUGUGUCUUAAAGAUACAAACACUCCUCACGGCCUUGGGGUAUUUGCUAAAACCGAUAUAGAACCAUUUACCCAACUGGGACCUCUCGUGGGAAAGAUAGUUAAAGAAAUGGAAAUCCCUGAAGAUGUCAACAUGAAGCAUAUUUGGGAAAUCCACGACGAGUCUGAAAAUAUUUAUUUCGACACUGAAAGCGAUUCGGAUUCCAAUUGGUUGAAAUAUCUCCGACCCGCGCCUACCAGGGACACAAAAAAUUUGACUGUGAUACCUAAAGAUUCUAAAUUAUUGUUUGUCUCUGUUAAAUUUAUCAAAAGCAGUGAGGAGUUGUUAUAUUGGCAGGAUUCUCAGAAUCUCAGCAAUAAGAAAAAAAUGGAGAAAACAACAUGUGGAGGUUGUAACAUAGAUUUCAGCCAUCCACACUACUAUAGAAUACACUGUUCGCUGUUCCACGACAUACGUUUUAGUUUAACUAUUAAAAAAUACCACUGUAAAGUGUGUGGAGUGCCUGUUUUGGGCAAAGAGAAUAUUAUGAAACAUGCAGCUGAGUUACAUAAUGGCCAGGGCGCUUACCAAUGCCAAUUUUGUAAAAAAUUUUUCUUAAGACUGAAUUAUUUAGAAAUGCAUCGAACUUACGGAUGUUCAGCCAACCCGCACCGAUCGAGGCCACUUUGUGAUUUUUGCGGUCGUAAAUUUUGCCAACCUCAAAAACUGAAAGUCCAUAUCAAACGAAUGCAUAGCGAUUUGUCUGAAGUACUCAAAGAGUUUCAAUGCAAGAGCUGUUUGAAGAUUUUGGGCUCCAGGGCGGCGUUGCAGAGGCACUUAAAGGAAGUGCAUAAGAAACAAACUGAGGGAAACUGUUCGUGUUCCAGAUGCGGAAAAACUUUUCAAAAUAAAUCGAACUUGAAGAUCCACAUGCUGACUCACAGUGGAAUCAAACCUUUUAAGUGUGCAACUACCACUUGCAACGCUGCUUUUACAACUAAACAAUGUCUACAAUUCCAUUACAAGAAAAUUCACAAUCUCACUGAAGACAGUAUGCCGAAAAUAGAACGAAGCGUUGACUACACUUUCCAAGCCUAUAGUGGAGACAAAAAUAACUUAAAUCCCGAUUCUAUAAAUUUCAAUAAGGACAUUUCAGAUAUUAAUGACGAUAAAGAUGUCAGUUCUGAUGAAGCAAGUGAUGGUGACGAUAGCGAAAUCAUGGACGAUCCGAUAUCGCUUACUAGUAACAACCAAUCUUGUAAAGAACACCAGGACUUCCAUCCACAGUCUCCUCAAUCCGACAAGACACCGCCUCACUCAGAAGAUUACACCAAAACCUCACUCUCCGGAUCAAACCUAAAAGUCUUAAGUAAAGGAUCCAAAAAAUGGAUAGGCGAUGAACCACCGACGUCUUCCAAACUACCUGAUAUCUAUUCAGUUGAACGACUCAGCAAAGAUGAUCUCUCUGGAAUAUCGUUACAAGAAAAUGAUAUUUACGACAGGCACAAACUAUCGAGUACAAACGAUUUUAACAGACACGAAGCCUCUAAUGCGAGCUUACUAGUCGAGGCGGCUUUAGAUUCGGUUUGCAAUGAAACAAACAUCGAUAUUGAUGUUAGUACAACUCCCAAUUGCGCAGAUUCUUUAGUCAACAAUCUUUAUAAUCUCACACAAUCGGAUAACCUUCCCGACGUCGCUUAUAACGAAGUAAACGAUUCGCGAGACAUCAGUUUGAUAUCGCCUUCGGUGAACGAUCACGUUUCAGUAACCGAUGAGUUAAACGAUGAAUUACGGCACGAUAAUAACAUCGGUAUGCAUUAUUCCAACUUCCAUCAUAACGAUUUCAGUCCUCCGCACAGUCCCGACAUACACAGAUCUAACUUCGUGCGAAAUUACAUCAACAGUUUGUCCCCUCAAAAUGCCUCAUACGAUCCCAAAAAUUCGUCUCCGGUGCCCAGUCCUUCCAGAUACGAUAUAUUCGGGCAUCACGUUAAUGUCAAUCCCGAUCAGUUGUCAUCGGAUGACAGUAAUGGGAUGACAGUUCAGAAUUUGAGUUUACACAGUGCGAAGAACGAUAUACAGCUGGAUCUUUCGUUAUACAAAACGUACAAGUCUGGCGGGCAUGAUUAUGUAAGGAAGCUCAAAUUCGGCGAUGAUAAUACUUUAGAGCAGGAUCACAUCGAUGUAAUCAACAACGUUCAAAGUAUGGAUAACGAUAAUAAGGACCUCGUAGAUAGAGACGAUCAUCCGAAGUACUCUGACGAGUUAUCGGCUGAUAUUCGCAACAAGUUCGAUAUCGAUUUGGAUUUAAGACUGAAAGCUUAUGACAGUAUUGAUAGCGAGAGUCUUAGGCAGAGGAAUCACACUUACGAAAGUACCGAAUUGGAUUUCAGGAACAAAGCAUACGAUUUAAUCGAUGCUGUCGAAAACAGAAACAAGCAGUACGAUCUUAUAGAUACAGAUUUCAGACCCGAUCGAAAUUUCGAACCUUUGAUACUGAAUUCUUUGGAACUGCAAGGCUUAGACAUGUCGGCUAGGAGCUUCCAUAAUUACCCCAACAUGAACCGGUAUCGGCCUUUGUAUCCGGACGUCGAUAGGGUGGAUUUGAGGCUGAAUUAUAGCCCUCCGCCUCCUACCUACACUCACGCUGAUUUACUAAGGGUCGUUUCUUUAGAUCUGACACCGCCUGGUAGGCAUAGCGUUGAUCUGAGUUUGAGGAACCAUCCGUUACAUCAAAUCGCCAACUCUCGCUUACUAACCGAUCACGGGUUGCAAACUACUCCGCACCGGCUUCUGGAUCAAAGUAGGAUAUUGAACGGUGAAAUAAUUUCGGCGCGCCAUUUAAGUACGGAUCGGAUAAUAUCGGAGACUAGUAACAGAAUUUUGACGGAUCAUAGUACGUCGAGAAUUCUGAAUAACGAGCAACUGGGUGGUAAUCAUCUGCUGGCUUCGGAUCAGAGCAGAUUGCUUUCGGACGAUUCUCGCGUGUUAUCGGAUCAAACCAGGUUGUUGGAUCAAAGUAGACUGUUGGGCGACGGGAGGAUUUUACCGCCUACUACUCCUAGCGGGGCGGUGUCUCCGGUGCAGGGAUUCGGGGGUUAUUCGGUACCGCAAAAUCCGUAUCAUCCGGCGAGUUUGACGACCAGGCCGCACGUGACGUCUCCAACCAGCGCUGCAUAUCAUUAUCCCACGUAUUAUUAAUAUCAUCAGUAUUUUCAGCUGAUCAAACCGUUUGUGUAGUUUUAUUUUUGAUCAAAUGUGAUGGUGUUUCGAUAAAUUGAUGGUCUUUUUUUGAAACACGAUGGAUUUAAUCAGUGUUGGAUUGGGACCUUUAUCAAUUCUUUUAAAACGUCUUUACACACUGAUGCUUUUUCCGAGGUUAUCACGUAUUACGGGGUUUCUUCUCAAAGAACGGUAGACCUUCGACCCAAACUGACGCUGGAUUUAAUGUAAUAAGUUCAUGACUAAAAACGGAUCAAUGCAGAAUCCUUCAAGGGACACAUCCAGUUUGUCAUGACAAUCAUUUUUGUGGUUUUACUAGGGUUGAUUCGUAUGCCCCACCCUAACACCAUUCUCAUUUUUUGUUGGAGUAGGUUUGGUACGAUAUUUUUGUUAAUUGAUUGGUUUAAAAUAUAAGUAAAGGCGGAGCAUAGAAAAGAUAGGAGUGAAACUCACCGUUUUUGUAGAUCUCUGCACAGCCACGUCUUUCGGUGGAAAUCUAUAAAACCAGUGGCGAUUGGUUGACUUCUGGAACUAUAAAGUCCUUACCUUAGGUAUUUGUCGUCUUUCUAAGUCAAAAUGGCCAGGUUUUUGUACCUGCCUAGAACGUCUAGCUUCUGGCUUCCAUAAAUUAAAUACAACAUUCUUCCAAUGAUGAUUUUUAUUAAUACUUACCAUUUUUAUGUUACAUAAAGGUACAUGGUUUUUCAUUAUAUUUUGACCACUACUUAUUGUCAAUAUUCUUGUGAACACGAAAAAAAGUUUCAAGUAAAAGCUUUGUUGUUUUACCUCAACUUUUUCGGCCUCAGUAUAACCCAUCUGUAACGUGUGUAGGGUGGGUUACUUCACGGCACUUAGGCCUCACUAGGCCCAUUGUGCAUCCUCCUAAGACGAUAGGCACCUCCCAGCUCGUGAGCCAGCCUACAGAUUUAAUGUAGUUGACAACGUCGUCAAGAGGUGCUUCUUUUAUAUCGGCCGGUGUUAGUCAAUACUCGGCGAACACAAAUCUCCUAAUAAAUGAGAGCGUCGAGCAAUUGUAGAGGAUAUGCUCGAUGAUCUCAUCUUCUUUUGUUCGCACUCUCUGCAGAGUGCGGAUUUUGACAACCCCAUGAUAUGGAGAUGCUUCUGUACUUGGCAGUGAUCAGUCAGAAUGCCUGUGACUAGGCGCAGAUUCUGUCUAGUCAUAGUCAAGUAUUUGUUUGCUGCAGUGUUGUCAGGAUAACUUAAAAGCUCCCUGGCAACUCUGCAGUUUCUUGUUUCAUCCCAUCUUUCAUUGAAUUUCACAAGGGAGAGUUCUUUAAUUAGGUCUGUCACUACCGAUUUUGUCAGGCCAAUAGGAAGGCUAGGUCCAAAAAGUAUUUGGUUGGCUGCUUUCUUGGCCAGUGAAUCAGCAAGACGGUUACCUUUCGAUGUGGCGUGACUUUUGAUCCAUCUUAAGGUGACCACGUUGUUGAUGGAUAAUUCGGCCAAAACUUGGUAACAUUCUAGUACUAACCCUAAAUAAAUUCGUGGUCUGUUUAGGGUGAGUAGUGCUUUUCUGCUAUCUGAGCAUAUUCCUUCCAGUGAUAUUGUUUCUAGUGAUUUCUUUUGGUGCUAUGAGAAUCCCUGUGAGCUCUGUUUGAACUACACUGGCACUAUUGCUCAGAGCCCAUUUUAUGUUAAGGUUUAAGGAUCUGGAGUAUAUUCCACAUCCUGAGCCUUGUUUUUGAACCAUCGGUGUAGAUAUAAAUGGUACCUGACACUUCUGGCUCUUCUUUUUGUUCCAUUAUAACUUUAUAUGGCUUAUGGAAGAUAUAUCUCGGUGAGAUGGAGUCCAUGUUCGCUUAAAGCAGUGGGAGCGUAUUGAAACGUAUCAGUAUAAUCCAUUAAAAGCAAUCAAUUGACAACUUUUAACAAACAACUAUUUUACUUGGAAACAUCAUUUUUAUAGCCAUCUAUGUGUUACGCUUUCAUAGUGCAAUAAGUCACUAAAUAAUUAAAUAAUUAUACAUGAUGAUUCAUUACUUAUUGGAAAUAUUUCAACUAUAGAAUCAUGAGCUCAAAAAUUGUGAUAAAAGUGAAAUUCCGGCAGUGGCGUAGAAUUUGGGAAGGAUUAUAUAACCAGUCACUUGCCCCUGUUGUACGCCUUUGAUGGUAGCCAGAAUCGUUUAUUUAACAUAAUUUAGUAGGGUGUAUAGUAUCUACACUUCCCGCCAAAUAUGACUAAUACGUCAAAUAGUUUUAAAGUACUAGACAAAUAAUUUUUAAACAAAACACCCUGUAACUCAGAAUGGAGACACAUUUUAUCUAGAUGAUUUGGGUUAAAUCUUCAUAAUUUGACCUCAGGAUUCUAUAGUUGAAAUAUUUCUAAUUAGUAAUGAAUCACCCUGUAUAUUUGUAAUCAGGGAAUGUAAGUCUAUUUAAAAUAACAAAAAUA